AUGAAGUCCCCCUUGGCAGACAGGAUUUGCGUAGUCGGCGCAGGCCCCGCCGGCCUCAUUACUGCGUACACGCUGCUUCGAGACGGUUUCCACAACAUUGAGCUACUUACUAGAGAUGAUUCUCCCGGUGGCGUGUGGUGCGCUCAACGUGUCUAUCCUGGACUAAUCAUAAACAACGUCCACGGAGAGUACCGUUUCUCUCCACUUGACAUGCAUCGCCCAUCCCACAACAAAUCUGGUGGUGUCCGAUUGUCCGGAGAGGACAUGCAGUCAUACAUGGAAGAAUUCGCUCAUCGCUUCUUGUCCGAUCAAAUUCGAUAUGGACUCGAAGUUAAAAAUAUCCGAUAUGAGGACAGUAGCCAUGAAGAUAGUGACGUUCAGCGUACUUGGAUAGUUAGCGCGGAGGAGGUGAAAACUAAACACCCCAUUACACUCGAAUAUGACAACAUUGUUCUAUGUACCGGUUUAGCUGUCGGCGAAUCUAAUGAUAUUGGCGGCGAUGGCAAAAUCCUUGUCGUAGGUGGAGGGAAGUCAGCUCAGGAUAUAUCCGCUUAUCUAACUCAACAGGGAAAGCAUGUAUCUAUGGUUUUCACGACUGCAUAUCCAACGCUAGCCUUCCCCUUUCACCUACUGGCUUCAUUCGCAGGAGCUGAUGAAAUGAAGGAGGCUAUUGGACUGGAUAGACAUGCACCCAACCCGUUUUCCAUGAAGUACAAGUGGAAAUAUUGCUCCUUGUCCAACCCCUCGACUGCUCACCCGGAUAGCAAGCAACGGGCGUCCUCUAUCUAUCGAGGUAUUGUACCAGCCAAGAACAUCUUGUUCCGAGAUCUCGCAAUUAACGGAGCCAUAUUCACAACCAACAACGGCUAUGUGUAUGAGGUUGUUGCCCACUGGAUCUCGUCUUACUUUCUCGGAAGCCAGAGUUUGCGGCUUCUGUCUUCUGCAGAAGAGGCGAUGGAACAUGCUGAAAGGCAUGCAGCAUGGUUAAGACUACGGCAUCCAGAUAUACUUCUUGCCAUCAACGAGAGCUACAGCAGCGACCUUGCAUUCUUUUGCUGGCCACAGCUCGCAGAUACGCUGCUUGAGGAUAUGCGUUUGGCUAGCAGAAGGGAUGGAGGGAAUACCUUUACGUGGCCAUUCAAAGUGAUCGAUUUAAGUGAAAUUGCUAACCUGUCACUGGAACGCAGCCAGCUGAGAGCCAGCGAAGGGAGUUAG